GUCUUGCACAGGUGUAGCGGCUCCUCCCCUUCAGUCUUGCACAGGUGUAGCGGCUCCUCCCCUCCAGUCUUGCACAGGUGUAGCGGCUCCUCCCCUUCAGUCUUGCACAGGUGUAGCGGCUCCUCUCCUCCAGUCUUGCACAGGUGUACCGCUCCUCCCCUUCAGUCUUGCACAGGUGUAGCGGCUCCUCCCCUUCAGUCUUGCACAGGUGUAGCGGCUCCUCCCCUUCAGUCUUGCACAGGUGUAGCGGCUCCUCCCCUCCAGUCUUGCACAGGUGUAGCGGCUCCUCUCUUCCAGUCUUGCACAGGUGUAGCGGCUCCUCCCCUUCUGUCUUGCACAGGUGUAGCGGCUCCUCCCCUUCAGUCUUGCACAGGUGUAUCGGCUCCUCCCCUGCAAUCUAGCACAGGUGUAGCGGCUCCUCCCCUUCAGUCUUGCACAGGUGUAGCGGCUCCUCCCCUUCAGUCUUGCACAGGUGUAGCGGCUCCUCCCCUCCAGUCUUGCACAGGUGUAGCGGCUCCUCCCCUCCAGUCUUGCACAGGUGUACCGGCUCCUCCCCUUCAGUCU